AUGAAUUAAACUUUACAAUAUGUAGAAAGUUCUCAAAGUGAUGUGUAUAAUGAAUCAGAAUUUGAUGAACAUUAAAGAGGGAUAAAUCUAGCAAUUUUGAAUUAAAAGACUUUAGAAGAUAAAAUUCAAUUUUCAAAUUUAAACAUCAAUUAACCUCUUGACUUGAAAGCACCAGCUGAAACAGUAUUGAAAUAAUAAAAUAUUAUAGAUAUAAGAAUAUUUAUUUACAGAUGAGAAAUUAGAAGCACAAGGGAAAGGAUUAAGUAAUACUUAUAUAUCAUUUAAUAAAUAUUUGAACCUAAAACUACUCGAUUUAACAAGAUGUAAAUUAAAUUAAAUUCCAGAAGAUAUUAAGUAAAUCUAUUAUAAUACUUGUAGAUAAAUGGUGAAUCUUUAAAAAUUAUAUAUGGGCUCAAAUUUAUUAACUUAUGUUCCAAAUUUUUUAGAGUCAUUAAAGUUUUUAGAGAUAUUGGAUUUAUCAUAAAAUUAAUUACAUAGUUUAAAUUUCCAUAUUAAGAGUUUAAGAUAAUUGAAUAUUUCAAGCAAUAAUUUCGAUCAACCAUAUAUAUAUCCAUUAGAAGUUUUGUGUAUCUAAAUGAAUCCAAUCUCUUAAUUACCAAAGAAUUUUGAUAGGGCAAUAAAAAAUAUGAAUCAAUUAGAAUUUGAUUGGUUUAAAUACUGUAAACCUCCUUUACCUUUGAAAUUGAACUUUGUUAAAUAUUCUUCAAUUUAAUAAAAAAUAAUGAAUGCAUUGAAACAUAAUAAAUUAAAUUUUUUAGAUUUUGUGAAAUUAUUAAGUGUUAAUGAAUAAAACUUUUCUGGUACUGAUUAUAAAGAAAGAAAUCUAUUUUGUUAAGCAGGAUUAAAUGAUGAUAUUGGUGCAUUGUAUGGAUUAUAUUAAAUUAUACCAUAAGAUAUUAAUAAAACAGAUUUUGAUAACAACACUCCUUUAACAGUAUGUUAUUUAGAUGGGAAAUUAAGGUUAAGUAUUUAUAAUAAAAAAGAUCAGUAAGCAUCCUCAAAUCAUUUGGAGCAAGUUUUUCAAUAAAUGCUAUUCAUCAAAUAAGUUAAAGAGCUGAUAUUUAAAAUUUGAGAUUCAUUUUAGCAUCUCAUAAUAAUCAAGUUUGCAAUUUAUAUAUAAUUAUUUUAGGAAGCUUUGUUAAUGCAUAGAAAUAUGGAUGGAAAUACUCCAUUACAUUAAUUAAUGAUGAAUUUUGAUAAACAUGAAAAUAGUACUGAAUUUGCUAAUAUUAUUCUUUAAUAUGGAGCUGAACCUAAUGUUGAGAAUUAUGAAGGCAGUACUCCUUUAGAUGUUGCUAUUAAAAAAUAAUAAAUAAAAGCUAUUAAAUUUGGAUAUGAAUACAAUCAAAUUAAAAGACAUAAUAUUAAAAAAGGAUAAUUGUUUGAUUUUAAUCACAUUUCUAGUAAUAAUGGUUAAAGUUUGUGUCAUACUGCUAUGAGUAUAGGAAAUUUAGAAAUAAUUGAAUUUUUAUUAGCCAUUAAUUCUGAUUUCUUUGCUAUUAAUAAAUUUAAUAAAUUACCAAAAUAUUUUGCAACAUAAAGUUUAGUGUUUAUUAAAAAUACUAGAAAAAUUGAAAAGAGAUAUAUUUAUACAAAUAUUUUAAGAGAGAAAUCCUUAUUGGAAUAACAAGAAAAGUAUAUAAGAUAUAGAUAUUAGAAAUGUAUAUCAAAUGAAAAAUCAAAUUGAAAAAAAUAUGGUAUAGAGACAUUAGAACAUGGUUUAAAAGCAUAUAGAUUAAGAAGAAAUUGAAGAUAUUGAUGAUAUGGAAAGUUAUAAUGAAAAUAGUCUUUAGGUUGGUAGUGAGUGUUCUGUUAGAGAGACUGUUGCUGAAUCAGCUCCUAUAUUCUAAAAAUCUAAUUGUUUUAAUGAAAGUAGCUAAACCAUUAAAAGAAAUGUUGAAUUAAUUAAUGAAAUAGAUUUCUAAGAUGAAUUACCAGAUAUAUUAAAAUUAUUAAGAAGUGGAAAUUUAGAAAUAACUAUUUAAAAACUGAAAAACAUUUUAUAAAAUGAAUUAUUACCUGUAUCUGAAAGAAUUAAAUAUAAAAAUUAAGUUAACUUUUUAAAAUUUAAAUUUAAACAAAAAAAAGUUGAAUUAAAAACAUAAAUUACUAAUAAUGUACUUUUAAUUUUAAAUGAAUAUUAAUUUUAAAAUUUUAAAACUGAAUUGAGAAGUAUCAUAAAAAUUAUUAUAUUUUUAGAUAAAUAUUUAAAGGAGUUGUAAUUAUUUAUAGCAGAUUAAAAUAAAUAAGAAAUAAGUAAAGCUCUACAAAUUAUUUUAAGAUAAAAAAUGAUAUGUUCUUCAUAUAAUCUAAAUAGAGAUUUAAAAAUUAACAAUAUUUCAUAAAUAAAUGAUUUAAGACUGAAACUUAGUAGCAAUUUAAUAUAUGAUAUAAAUAAUUAUGCUUCACCUUUAUUUUAAUCAUAAAAUCAACUAUUUAAUUGGUUGUAUUAAUGUAAUUCAAAAACAGAAAAGAUUCUAGAAUAAACUAAUUAUUUCAAUUUAUAAAAUUAUGAAUAUCUAUAGUUAAUGAAAUUUAAGAGAAGAAAGAUAUUUUCAGAUAUGAUUGAUGAUCUUAAUAUAGAAAAAGACAUGCUUGAAAAUCAUUCUUUGCCUCCUAACUAAAUAAUGAGUAAUAAUAAUCUAUUUUGUAACAGUAAAAGAUUUAUUUGA